AACAGAGCAGGGAGAGUUUCAGAGUCACUUAUGUUCCAGCUCACUUCUCCAGACUCUCUAGGAUCAGGCCGGUCUCCCUGAGGACUCGGAUCAGGUGGCCUGAGGAGAAGGAGAAGAAGAGGGGAAAGCAGAAGAAGAGAAGGAGCACUGAACCACCUCAGACGGGGAACUGAGGAAAGAGAAAUUAGAGAGACAAAGGCAAUCACAGGUCUCGUAUCACAGGGACGCAUUCUCUCCUGGACCAGUCUCGGCACGAGGGUGUUGCUGUCUUCACCGAUGCUCGACAGACUAGAAUAGCAAAAUAAGGCUGUACGAGCUUCCCACUAGAUCUUUCUCAGCAACGGUUCUGCUCACCCUCUCAGGCACAGGCUGAGGGUGUGUCUUCCCCUGUCCAGGGAUGGCCAACGAAGUGACCUACGCCGACCUAAAGUUUCGGGAUUCCCCCGUGGCCCAGAGGAUCCAGGAGUUUGACAACAUCCAAGAAAUAGAGCACCCUGCCCCGUCUCCUGCAUGGCGCUGGUCUGCGCUGGGUCUGCUCACCCUCUGCGUGCUGCUGCUGCUUGGACUGGCCUCCUUGGGGAUCCUGUUUUUCCAGGCAAAGAAGAAUAUAGAGCAGUUGACUGGGGUGGAGAAAAACCUGUCGCUUCAGCUGGACAUCAGUGCAAAUAUCUCUAAGGAGAAGGACUUGAUCCAGUCCAAUCAUUCAUUUGCCCUGAAGAAGGUGGCCACCAAACUCUGCAGAGAACUGACCAGUAUCAAGCAAGACCACGCCUGCAAGCCCUGUCCAGAGAAUUGGCACUGGCACAGGGACAGCUGCUACUGGAAAACUUCUGUACUCAACUUGGAUGAGAGCAGGAAGGUAUGUGCUGAAAGAAACUCCAGCCUAGUGAAGAUCGAAAACAAGGAAGAAUUGGUCUAUGUAGCAUCCAAGCUAAAAGCAUACCACUGGUUGGGUUUAACCCGAAACAUAAGCAGCGACCAGUGGGUGUGGGAAGACGGCUCAACUCUCUCUCCUGAUCUUAUUGAAAUAUUCCCAGAGAGGAAUCAAAGAAACUGGAAGUGUGCUUUUGCCUAUCUUCAUAAAUUUCUUCUGGAUAAUUGUAAUGGAAAUCAUCCCUCUAUCUGUGAAAAGGCAGCUGGUCCUGUGAAGAUGAGCUGGUGAAUUAUGCAGUGCUUAUGAAACCGGAGGCAAGCUGAGCUGGACCCAGAAGAUCUCUGUGGGCAUCUGAGGGCCAGGAUGCAGAACAGAGAAGGUGGUGCUGGGAGUCUUGCUGGCUUUGUCCUCUCUCAGCCAGAACUUUCACUGUUAAGACACUUCCUGAUUGGUGGUUCCUUGCCUUUUUUUUCCAAAACAUCUCAUUUCUCCGUGUCCCAGGUUUCACCUUCCAAACCUUCCUGCCCACUCCACUUGUGAGGCCUUAUCCAACUGCUGGAUUUCUCCUCCCUCCCGACAUACACACACCAUGCACACACUCAGGCAAAUACAAAAAAAAAACCCCACACAAACACACAAGCAUUCUGAUGGUCCAGUCUUCUCACCUUCUUAGGGCACAUUCCCGGAAAGUCACCUGUCUAUUCCUUAGGACCCUUCCCUGAGGGAAGCCUAUAUUCCAUCCGUGGGACACCAUUUACUCUCACUUUCCAUCAGCUGUAAUAACUAAUUGCAAAGGAAAGAUUUAGUCAAGGAGACAAGAGGUAUUUAAUUUAAUCAUUAUGACAGGAAGUGAGAUGCAGACAUAAACAUGGUUCCCAAAAAGGACAGAACUGUAAGAAAUACCAUUUAUCUGAGGGUGGAGUUUCCUCAGCCUGACCUAGCAAGGAAGGACUAUCGAUGGUGGGAUCACAGGGCAUCUGCCAAGGGAAGUGGAGCAGGGUUUCAGAGGAUUGGUAAAGAUGAUGGAUAACAUGAUUUUCUCCAAAUCUGAUUUAAGGUUCUAGUAUGCAAUUGCUGCUACUGUUGAAAUCCCUGUAACUAGCAAGUUCUGGUCAUCAGUUCAUGACCAAAGUGAGUUCCAAAGUCAUUGCUAUUAGAGGAAUGUGCUACUUUGAAUGGACUGGCCAUCCAAGAGAGAAGGCUUAACCUUUGCCAUUUGACCCCAGAUCCAGCUUCCAGACCUUGGGGGAGCAGGACUAGUUGUGGAAGCCCAAUUGCUUCCCAAACCGUUGGAGGGACCAGAUUUAAAGUAUGUUGGAUGGGGGCAGGAAGCCCCCGGACAACUGUGGGGGUUGUCAGUGGGAGCCACAAGCCCCCCACCCCCAGAAACAGCUCUGAUAAAGUACUGGCCAAUUGGAGAGCUCUACUCUAGCUGAGAAGAAGCUCUCCAAAAGAGAUCGGUACGUCAUGAACGUCAAAACCCACUCCAACUCACACACACAUACACACACACACACACACUCUUCAUGAAGGAAAGAAGAAGAAAUCCCCCUCUUCAGGUUCUAGUUAACUAGCAACGUGUUGACUUGCAAUGGACUACAUUGCCCAUAGGUGGGUCUGAUACUGAGUAGACAAUGGGAUCCCAUUGACCAGUCAUUGGGGGUCCCAGUGGGGCCAGAAACUGACCCUGGGUUCCCAUCUCAUCGUCCAAUCUCUGCCUAGAACCGAUGGUCACCACUCAGCCCAACUACCUUGUUGCUGUCCCAGAGUAAAACAAAUCAGAAGCACGGGAGGGGCACAAACCUGAAGUCUAGGGUAGAUCAUAGUUCAACAGAAAUAAUCCUGCCCGCUAUGGAAGUAACUCUGACAAUGGUGCACCUUAGUGUAAAUAAAAAUUUCUGAUGUGUCCAGGA